AAUAACCGUCACCGCUUUACUUCGGCUGGGGCAGCUUCCCUCCACAGACAUGUGGGCUGUUUCUCUGCCUGUGUAACGCCGCCUCUUCUGGCUGCAGAGUAAACCUCGAGGGCUCGGUCUCUAAUCUCUCUCAGCUCGUCUGUCCGCCGCUACGGCCGCAGCUCUGCCCAAGAAAACACAGACAUCUGCAUGCUCCAGAUGGAGACUUCCUAAAAGAUGUUUUAUUCAGUUUCCAUAAUUGUGGUCAUCCUGACCGUCACUGCUGACUGUGGAAAGGUCUUGGUGUUCCCCCAUGAUGGCAGCCACUGGGUUAACAUGAAUAUUCUGAUACAGGAGCUACACAGUAAGGGCCACCAUGUCACAGUCAUACGGCCAGCUGAUAGCUGGUACAUCAAAGAGCACUCCCCCCACUAUGACUCUAUAACUGUCGACUUUGCAGUGGGUGGCGAUGAGGCAUUCUUCAAUGUCUUUAUUUCAAGACAACUGCAGAUUCGACGGGAAAGAAGUCCUGUUUGGACUAGAUUCAGUUUGGAUAUGGAAUUAAAAGACAGGUUUUCCGAGAUGCAUAGAAAGGUAUGCGAAAUGGUAAUUAAUAUGAUUGAGGACCAAAAGUUGAUAAACUCCAUCAGAGAAGCCAAGUAUGAUGUGCUGAUAACAGACCCUGCGAAUGGUGGGGGAGUUGUGCUUGCACAUUAUCUUGCAUUACCAAUGAUUUUCAAUGUCCGCUGGACGGUACAUGGAGAGGCACAUUUUGCAAUUGCUCCUUCACCUCUGUCAUAUGUCCCCUUUCCUCUGGCCAUGCUGACGGAUAAGAUGACUUUCUUUCAGAGAUUGUAUAACAUGCUUUUCUACAGUGUACGGCUUUUCCUAUACAGACGCACAGUAGGUCCUCAUUACAGUGCUUUGUGUAACUGCUACUUUGGUCCAGAUGUGGACUACUUUGAAUUAUUUCAAGCAGCUGACAUUUGGCUUAUGAGGGUCGACUUUGUGUUUGAAUUUCCACGUCCGACUAUGCCCAACAUUGUUUAUAUCGGUUGCUUCCAUUGCAAGCCAGCUAAACCCCUUCCAGCUGAUCUGGAGGAUUUCAUGCAAAGUUCAGGAGAGCAUGGUGUUGUUGUCAUGUCUUUGGGAACUCUGGUUGGAGAGCUUCCAUCUGACAUAGAUGUUGAAAUUGCUGCUGCUCUCGCUAAGCUCCCUCAGAAAGUGAUUUGGCGACACACUGGGAAAAGACCAUCCACUCUUGGCAACAAUACAAUACUGGUUGACUGGAUGCCACAGAAUGAUCUUCUGGGACACCCCAAGACCAGAGUUUUUGUGAGCCAUGGAGGAACAAAUGGGAUUCUAGAGUCUAUUUACCAUGGUGUUCCAAUAGUUGGCCUACCACUAGUUUUUGAUCAGCAUGACAAUCUCUCAAGAAUGAAAUAUAGAGGUGUGGCAACGGUCCUGGAUAUAGCCACCAUAGACAAGAACCUGUUUCUAGAGGCUUUGAGGGAAGUUAUAAAUGAACCGUCCUACAAGAUAAACAUGCAGAGACUCUCCAGGCUUGAGAAAGACAAGCCAAUGCAACCACUUGACAGUGCCAUCUUCUGGAUUGAGUUUGUUAUGAGGCACAAAGGUGCUGCUCAUCUGCGAACGGAGUCCUAUAAAAUGUCCUGGUAUGCAUACCACAGCAUUGAUGUAAUAGCAUUCUUACUUUUGCUUGCAUCAGUCGCAGUUCUUCUGACCAUGGCAAUUAUCCGAUACUUGUGUUGCAGGCCGUGUAUGAAAAAAAAGAAACGGGACUGAUUCUGUGCCUUCCUUUUAUGUGUGAAUGAAAACUUAGAGUUCAUUUGUCUCAAAUGAAUGUCACCGAGUGAAUGAAGAGCCGAGAUUCCAUCAAGAUUGAGAUGGAAUGACCACAAGCACUGCCUUAAGUUCUGGUUGUGUCUGAUGUUCCUGUUUGUUCACAAACCAGAUUUAAUAUUGGUGGAAUAUACUUUUGAAAUAUUUUAAUAUUGGUGGAAAUGAAUGCAGCACAAGCUUAGAAUUUUCUCAUUUCCUUACUGUCCUGUUUCAUUUAAAAAUGUGUGGGAGAGUUUCUUGUAACAAUCUUCAUUAAACAAGGAACAGGAAAACCUUUUUAUUAAACUUUUAUUUCUGUCCAGUAAUAUUUUGUCCUAUUUGUCCACCAGCUCCUCCAGCCAUCUGAAAGAUGAUGACAUUACUGUGCCUUGUCUACUAGAGUAGUAUACAUGUUGUAUGUAAAUGCAGUCUAAACAGUCUAUUUUGCUGGGCGUGGUUGUUUCCUUACCAAUUUUAUUCAUUCCAUUUUAAAUUCCAAUUCAUUUUCUACCUACACUGUAAAGAAAUCAUUGCAAAAGUACAGUAAAUCACUGGCUACUAGUUGCAUUACUUUUAAUAAUAUGUAUAAAAAAAACAGUAAAACAGCAACUUAAUACUGUGAACUCCACUGUCCCCUCACCCACAAGAUCACAACUUUUAAUUUUAGUAGUCCUAUAAAUGUUUUCUUGAUUUCUAAAAAUAUCUGAAGUUGAUUUGAUUUCACAAUAAAAUAACUGUGGUAGACAUGGCAAAAUCCAGGCAAUAAUUAACACUGAACGUAAGUUGUAAUUGCACACAUUGUGGUAAAAAUUUCUUACAGCAAAGCAUAACACACUCUCAUUUUAAGGCAAGACAUUUUAUUAGGGAAUAUCAUCCACUAAUAUUGUAAAAAAAGAACAAGAUAUAAAAUGGCAAAAUCAUGGCUUAUAGCAAAUAGGUACUUACAAAUAACAUCAAAUUUGGCUUAAUCCUCAGUGUAAUGUUACACGUCUGCUGCUGCAUUCACAUUAUGCAGUCACUUACAGUCUGUCUUAGUCAAGGUGCAUUUUGGUAAAGUGGGACAUUUAGGGCCUUUGAGGCUUUAAGUUUUUGGAAUUGUGCUUUGUUGCUUUUGUCUGCUGAUUAUACUGUAUGUCUACUGAAUGUAAAUGACUUAAUUACAAUGCUAUUGCUGCAUGUGUGCUAAUUGUGAAUACAAGUUUUUGAUUGUGACAUUUGUGUAAAGAUCAAAUGCAGCGUUAAAGCUCAGGUAACAGUUCUUAUUCUGAAAUGAUUAGACUGUAGAAAUGCUAAUGUGGUUUUGCUGCUAUGGAGCUGCUUUUGCUUUAGUUUUAAAAUGUUUACAUGUAUGUAAAUAUGGGUGUAAUGAUUCACAUUUCAUAAUUUGGUUUGCACUACUAAAAUUAAUACAUCUUGUGAUAAACUAAAAAUAAACAGUGUCUGAAAAUGU